AUGUCUGAUUUUAUUCAAUGGACAUAUGAUAAUAGACUUCAAAUCUCUAUAGACUUAGCAGCUGGUUCAGUUAGUGGAAUGUAUUUGAUAAUUAAUUACUCUAAAUAGAGCAAAUUGUAUAUCAAGUCAUCCAUUAGACACUGUUAAAGUUAGGAUGCAAAUGUCUAAUGAUGGAGUACUGUCAACUUUAAAGAAAAUUUUCAAAAAUGAAGGAACAAAGGGUUUCUAUAAAGGAAUGUCCUUUCCUAUACUUUCCAUACCUAUCACAAAUGCGAUUGUUUUUUCUGUCUAUGAAUUUUGGAGAUCAUUUUUUAUUGGAAAUUCGAACAAAUAACUAACAUAUUUCUAAACGUAAUUUUUUUCGAGAUAAUUAUUAGUGCCUUUUGUGGAAGUAUUGCAGGAAGCUCAGCAGCUUUUUUUUCAUGCCCAAUAGAGUUGACCAAGUGUAAAUUGUAAAUGCAAUCAACAGAAAAAAUAUAUAAAAAUCCUAUGGACUGCAUUCAAUAAGUAAGUUUUUGAAUGACAUAUUUUUUUAGAUAUAUCAAAAGGAAGGUUUUAAAUCUUUAUUUCGUGGAAUGUGUGCUACCCAAUAAAGAGAAAUUCUAGGUUAUUCGGCUUAGUUUGCUGUCUAUGAAUUGAUCAAAGAUUUCUUAUGUGAUUUGUCUUAAAAGGCAGAACCAUCCACAACAAAUCUUUUAAUUUCAGGAGGCUUAGCUGGAGUUUCAUGCUGGACGAUAGGAUAUCCUUAAGAUGUAUUUGUCCUUAUUAAAAUUUAGACUAUAAAGACAAUUUUGUAAUGCUAAAAACCAACAGAUUAAGGAAUUUAUAAAGUUAGAUUUUAUGAUGGGGGUUUUUUAGAUUGUUUAAGAAAAAAAGUAAUUUCAGAAGGACUUGGAUCAAUAUGGAAAGGAUAUUCUGUUUGUAUUUUAAGAUCAUUCUAUGCCAAUGCUAUCGGAUUUUAUGCAUACGAAUUAGCAAAAGAAAAUAUUACUUCGUACUAUUAAUAAUAUUGA